AUGAGGAAGAAAAUCUUCAGCACAGUUUGUUUCCUCCUAAGUUUGAUAUCGAGUUUAAAUCUCUGCUCUGGAAAGUUCGGAACGCCAAUAACUGAUGAUGUGAACAAGCUGUCUUUAUUGAAGCAAAAUAUCCCCUCUGAUUAUGAGAUUCCUGUUAGUCGCAUUCCCAAAGAAGAGGCCAGCACAUGCUGGGUGGUUUUAAAUAUCUAUCCUUUGGAGCUAAGUCUUCGAAAGCUGGCCAACAUGUUUGGUACCAACUCCUCCAACAAAGAUAACAUUUUAGUUUUUAUUGCGAUGCUCAAGAGCCUACGCUUCACCUACGACCAUGAGGAGCUAGAAACAGCAAUGCAAGUCUUCCGCUGUCACUAUCAGGAAGAGAACCUGCAGUCGGGUCUUUACUUCGACUACAUCCAAGACCUCUUACAUGCUGCCACUCAAGGAACAUCGAGCCUCUCGUGCAAGCCACCACCAUGCCUUCAUCGCAAACUAACCCCAGCAGGUCAGGAGGAGAGUCGCAGACAUAGCUGGUCAAAGAGAGCUCCCUUGCUUUUGGUGCUAAUCCCCUUCACAGCUUGUGUCGUUCUCAUAGCAUGGCAGGUCAAGACUGGAGGCCGUUUACCAGCGUGCAACACUGUAAACGACCAAAUGGCAACUCCCGACAUGAUCCCAACUGUGUCUAUCUCUAUCCCACUUCAAACACUCACCCACGCCGCUGACAGUCAGCCAGCGGGGGAGGCAAUCUCAGAACAUGAAAGUGGAUGA